AAACCAAAAUGCCGCCCCAAGUGGACCCGACGAUCAGCGGAGUCCUAUUCGAGACGGACACUCAGACGGAAGACCUGGGUCUAGACCAGGACGUGUCCAAGCUGAAGAAGGCCGGGCCCAAGCAGUAUGAGUACAUCUGGGGCAACAUCGCGUGGUUCCUGUUCCUGCAUGUUGGGUCCUUGUACGGGAUCUACUUGGGCUUGACGUCGGCUAAGUGGCAGACUAAUGUGUUUGCAUUCCUGGUGCACCUGAUGUGUGCCAUCGGCAUCGGCGCCGGGUCGCACCGGCUGUGGACGCACCGCAGCUUCAAGGCCAAGACCCCCCUGCGCGUGCUGCUCAUGAUCUGGCAGACCAUGGGCUUCCAGGACUCGAUCUUCGAGUGGGCGCGCGACCACCGCACGCACCACAAGUACGCGGACACGGACGCCGACCCGCACAACGCGGAGCGAGGCCUGUUCUUCUCACAUAUGGGCUGGCUGUGCUGCAAGAAGAACCCCGAGGUCAUAGAGGGGGGGAAGCGGCUGGACUUGAAGGAUCUGUAUGAAGAUCCCGUGGUCAUGUUUCAGAGGAAACACUACAUGAAGAUGAUGCCGCUGCUCUGCUUCGUGCUGCCUACCGUGCUGCCCGUGUACUGCUGGGGCGAGAGCUGGACCAACGCCUUCUUCAUCCCCACCAUCCUGCGCUACACCAUCGGCAUCAAUGUGGUGUGGAGCGUCAACAGCUUCGCUCACCACUUCGGAUACAGGCCUUAUGACAAGUCCCUGAACCCUCGUGAGAACAUCGGCGUGUGGAUGAUCUGCGUGGAGGGCUUCCACAACUUCCACCACACGUUCCCGUGGGACUACCGCGCCACGGAGCUGCCCUUCUACAACAUGCUCACCCCGACUAUCGGCUUCAUUGAGCUUAUGGCUAAGAUCGGCCAAGCCUACGACCUGAAAGCCGUAACUCCGGAUAUAGUGAAGAGAAGAUCCCAGCGCACGGGCGACGGCACCCACCACCUCUGGGGCUGGGACGACCCUGAAUUUACUGAAAAACUGAAGUCCCAGCUCGGAGUAGUCAGCCACGAGGCCAGAGCUGAGAAAGCCAAAUCUGGCUGAUGAGAAUUUUGUACGGAGCAUAAAAGAAGAAAAUUAUAUCGAACAUAGCCCAAGAUCUCGUUUUUCAUUGGGUUUCAUAGUUUAAGU